UCUCCCUCUCCUUCCCUUUCGUCCUCGUGAACAGGAGGCACGGCAAUCGGACAAGAUGAGCGACCAGGAGGAUCUGGAUUAUUACAUCAUGUACCCGUCGUUUCCGCCGUCCCCGAAGGAUCCGACGUUGACCGCAAGCGGGCAGGAUCAGCGGGAGGAGUUCGUGUUCGUGUACGAGGAGGACAAGCGGCCGGUCGUGAUCCUGCUAGGAUGGGCCGGCUGUCAGGACCGAUACCUGGCCAAAUACAGUUCGAUUUACGAGGAGAAGAGUUGCAUCACGCUGCGUUACACGGCGCCGGUGGAGUGCCUGUUCUGGCGCCGGGACAAGAUGCCGUACAUCGGCAAGCGGCUGCUGCAGGUGAUCACCGACAAGCGGCUGGACGAGCACCCGAUAUUCUUCCACGUCUUCAGCAACGGCGGCGCGUUCCUGUACCAGCACGUCAGCCUCGCGAUGCAGAGGGCUAACACGCCGUUCAAGGUCAGGGGAGUGAUAUUCGACAGCGCGCCCGGCGAGAGGAGACUAACGGCGCUUUUCAAGGCGAUCAGCGCGAUCAUCGGCGGUCAUCCCCUCACGAAUCUGCCGAUGUCGUUUGUCAUCACGUUCUUCCUCUCCGUGCUCUGGUUCUUCGAGGCUUUCAGCAGAACGCCCAUUCAAACGAACCCGAUCGCCCUCGCCGAGGAAGCCUAUUCCUGGCCUCAGCUGUUCCUGUAUUCCAACAGUGACACUCUGAUCCCGGCAUCUGACGUCGAGAAGUUCGCGAGCCGGCGGGCCGAGCGCGGUGUGCGGGUGCAGCUCGUUCUCUUCACCAAUUCGCCGCACGUCAAGCACUACACGACCUACCGCGACGUCUACGUGAACACCGUGUGCAGCUUCAUUCACGAAUGCCUGAUCUCGCCGAGCCCGUCGAGGAGCCUGAUGGACCGCGGCGACGACCACGGUUCCCAGGACUACGACGCGCCGCCGGAUCUCACCAAGCGCGUCGUGCUGCCUCACGAGGCCAGCAAGCAGCAGAACUAGUAAUCCGGAAGACGCUAAAAAUAGAUAGAAUAGUUGCCCGCUGGAGGAUCGCGCUGGUGGCACGCGCGCGCGCGACCUCGCGGGUGCCAGGCGUAAAGGGAGAGAGGAUCGAUGAUCAAUUAUUAUUACAUCUACAUUUUGGACUAAAAGGUCUACGAGGAAAGGGGUGAAUUCGAUGGAAACGCUAUGGAAUCCGUUUUGCACAAUUAAGAUCUCCCAAUCUCCGUAAUUGGAGAUUGGUUCUCAAACCGCUGAAUUCUUUCCCUCCUGUCGUAUCUUUUGUAUACCCGUAAUUCCAAGACGGGAAAAUCGUAUUAUUAGGACGGUCUCGAGACUCCUUCGUUAGAGUUGAAAAUGAAGCGAAAAGGAAGAUUUGCGGUGGUAAAAACCCAGAAAAGAACCCACAAAGAUUUUGUGGGACAAUUUCCGAUUUCGAUCGGGGAUUAGGAGGUUGAGAUUUUGCAGAAUAGAUUUCUCACGAAUCUCCGAAAAUUCACUCGUUUCGCACUUGGUAAAGAGGCGACGUCCGAGAUGCUGGAAACGGUGCUACGUUCGUUAAUGUACAGAGCUGUUUUAUACGAAGUUGAUUAUUAUUUUCGAGCGAGAGUUAUUCAAAUGAAAAUGUGAAUUUUUUAUGAGCCGAGCGAGAGAGUAGACACACGGUGGCGUAAGAGCUUCCAAAUUAAAUGUACAUACUUCGACGAUUGUUCGCAGAAGCCUAAAAAUAUGAAGAUUUUUAUUACGAUUAAAGCUUAUCUCAAUUUUAUUUUGAUUUCUUUUUUAUAUUUCUAUAUAUGCGACUUCUCGCGAUAUUGCUGUUGCAUCUGACGCAAUUCUUUCAAUGUGGGUCAGAACCAAGAUUCCUGGAGUUGUGUGCACUGUUUGCGGCAUCGUGAGCCUUGUCAAAAUUUCCCGAUUUUCGCUAAAAAAAA